AUGGCCUCGAGAUUUAAGGGCCGCGCGCCGCGCAUCACGGAGCACCCCGUGCCGGCGGCGGUGCCGCGCCACGAGCCGGUGACGCUGAGCUGCAAGGCUGACGGCCGGCCCGCGCCCAACGUGACGUGGACCAAGGACGGCGACCGCCUGUCCGGCCUGGGCGCGCACCGCGUGCUGCUGCCCGGCGGCAACCUCUUCUUCCUGCGCGUCGAGCCCGCCGACGCCGGCGUCUACCGCUGCGUCGCCACCAACGGCGCGGGCACCGCCGUGUCCAAGGACGCCAACCUGGAGGUCGCAUUCAUGCGCCACGACUUCCGAGUGCUGCCCGCCGCCCAGCUCGUGUCUGCGGGGGACACCGCCAUGCUGCAGUGCGGGCCGCCGCGGGGCCGGCCGGAGCCCACAGUGUUCUGGAGGAAGGACGGCCGCAAGGUGGACCCGCUGGCCGACAAGAGGGUGCGCCUGGUGGACGGCGCCAACCUCGCCAUCCAGGGCGCGCGGUCCAGCGACUCGGGGCGCUACCAGUGUGUCGCGCAGAACCUGGCGGGGAUCAGGGAGGCGCCGGAGGUGCUGGUGCAGGUGGCAGUGCCGCCCAGCCUGCAGAAGGGCCCCCAGGACACGACGGCGCUCGUCGGCUCGGACGUGGAGUUCCCCUGCUCGGUGACGGGCGACCCUCCCCCGGACGUGCUGUGGCGCCGCAGCAGCGAGGGCCCCCCCGGCGGCGCGGGCCCCACCGCCACCAGUGCUCUAGCCAUGCCGCUGGGCCGCGUGCACGUCACCGAGACCCGCGCGCUCAGGAUCACCAACGUGCAGCUCGGCGACGCCGGCCAGUACGUGUGCGAGGCCGACAACAAGGCGGGCGCCCUCACCGCCGCCGCCACCCUCACCGUCAUCGCCAUGCCCGUGCUGGGCCCCACGCCGCCCGGGCUGCUCACGGUGGAGGAGGGCAGCGACGCCGUGGUGGACUGCGGGGCGCUCGGCUCGCCGACGCCCUCCGUCUUCUGGGCCCUCAAGGGCAACCGGUCGCUUCUGGAGCCCGGCGCCAGCGCGGGCCGCCUGGCCGUCAACCAAUCCGCGCACGGAUCGGCUCUGCUCACCGUCAAGAACGUGAGUCGCGCGGACACCGGCAUGGUCUUGGUGUGCUCGGCGGUGAACGCGGCGGGCGCCCUGGUGGCCCGCACGCGCCUCCUGGUGCUGGGCCUGGAGGAGGUGCCGCCCCCCGUCAUCGAGCUGGGCCCCACCAACCAGACCGUGGCGCCGCACGCCAGCGUGGUGCUGCCGUGCCAGGCCUCGGGGCAGCCCACCGUCGCCUGGUACAAGGACGAGAAGCCUCUCUCGGGAAAGCCGCCCAGAGUCAGGCAGGACUCGGAUGGCUCGUUGCACCUCCAAGCUGUGGAAAUUUCGGACAGUGGAACUUACAAAUGCAUUGUUUCAUCGAAAAGAGGACAUUCAUCUCUAUCUGCUUCGCUGACUGUAUCAAACGCAGCGCCUGACAAAAGUGAGCGGAAGGGAUCCCCCCCAGGCCCUCCCAGCCGGCCCCACAUCGUCAGCAGCACCAACACCAGUGUCACGCUGGCGUGGCGAAGGAACAACAAGGCAGGCUCUUCCCCUCUCGUUGGAUACCAGGUGGAGAUGUUUGGCCCAGAGAAAGACGGAUGGGAAGUAGCAGCUCAGAAAGUCCCCACCUCCACAUACAUGCAAAAAGAUUUGACACCCGGUGUGGCAUACUCGUUUGUGAUUCGGGCUGAAAAUUCGCAUGGUUUCUCUUUACCCUCUGACCUAUCUGUGCCGAUCGUUCUCCCCAUCCACGAAACUGAAGUCAGCAUCGAAUCGGAGCUAGAAGAGGAUGCAUCAGUGGAAGAUGGACCUAUUGUCAGGCUUACAAAAGUCCUUCCUGUGUCUGCUAACUCAGUGAAACUGCUGUGGGAGGUUUUUGAUCCAGAACAAGUGACAGGUCUGAGCAUUUAUUGGAGGUCUGUGAAUGAGGAGUCGCUCCAUACUUUGACAGUUCUGCAGUCUGGUCCUCCAUCACUGGGAUUCAUUGUCACUGGUCUCAGCUGCUACACAAAAUACCAGUUCUUCCUGGUGCCGUUUAAUAGUGUGGAGGAAGGAAGACCUUCAAACAUGCAAGAAGUCCGAACGUUGGCUGAUGCCCCAACUGCUCCACCUUCUCAGCUGGAGGCGAAAUUCCUGAACAUCAGCACCGUUUCCAUCACCUGGACUGCUCCCCCUCCUGCUUCCCAUAAUGGACUUAUUGAAAGCUACGAGGUGGUGGUGAAAGGAGGUGAUCCUCCAGAACUUUUGAGCAACGUCACUCUUGCAGCCGAUACUACUGGUUCUCAGCAGCUAUUGUUGUCAAAUCUGUCGCAGCAAAUGAUUUACCAUGUCGUAGUUGCAGCUGUUACUUCAGCUGGUAGGGGACCCUUUGGUGCUCCUAUCGUCUUCCAGUCUCCAGCUGGACAGAAUCGGCAUGUCACAAAUUCUGAAACAAAUCAUAACCAUUCUUCAAGUAGUCACCCCCCAACACAACAAGACCCUGGAGUAUCUGCUGGAAAUAACAGCAAUGAUCUAGUGACUGAAACAUGGUUUAUGGCUCUCCUUGGAAGUAUGGUUGCAGUCAUGGUGCUGCUGUUUUCGGCUAUUUUGUUCCUUCACCGACGCCAACAUCGUGCCAAGAAAGGAGGAUAUCCACAUUUACAUAUGUAUGAUUCCCGAUCCAAUGGAGGUGUCCUCAGCCUUAAGGUAGCGGAAGCAGAAGCGGAAGUGGAAGGGGCUCCCCUAUGCAUCGCCCCUCGGCCUGGCACUCGAAUGCUUUGGGGUGCCAACAACACUUUGAGUGGAACAGGCUCUAUCAGUGGACCCGAGUAUGCCGAAGCAAGACCUUUAAGAAGUGAAUGUGCAGGGUCUGGUAGCACCUCCGAGUAUGCGGAAGUGAGAAGCAAGUACUCGUUGCUAAGUACCUUCCAGGGCCAGUACCCAGGACAUGCAGACAGGUGCCGACCCCACAGUGGCAGCGGUGGCGGACGUUGCCGAGUGGAUUACAUUGAGGGUGGAGGCCCCUGCAGCUGUGAUUGUGAAUCGCAGUGUUGUAGUGGCAGCAACAGUGCCAGUGGUGUUUCGGAUGGGUCUGGUAGCACUGUGGCAUACGCAACCACCACCCUGGUGGAAAGUGGACAGUCUAUGCCUUCUUCGUUAAUCAGCCCCCCUCCUAAUCUACCUUUCCCCUCUUUAAGCUGGAAUCGCAGCUGUGAACCAGCACCCUGCACUCCUCACAUCAAGAGAGGCCAUGCCGGCCACUAUUCAGACACCUACCAACAAAACGAAGUAUCCAAAGGUACAGGUCCUAAACGAGCUACUACCCUAAAUUUUAAAGGACAACCAUGGCAAAAGAAUCGCAGCCACAUUCAACCCAACAAGAAUUCUCCACCACAUUUUGUGCCAUCACAGCUUCAGUCUGGCCUUGCAUUUUUAAGAACUCCCCAAUACAAUGACUAUGCUUUUUGUCAACCCCACCAAUGAACCAGGGCAAAGGAAAUACGUACAUUGUUCUCUCCAUGAGAUUUCACCUGAGAAAUAUCAGAUAAGUGAUGGUGUUUAGAAUUUUGGUUUGAUACAUUAUUAUGUUAAUAUUGUGUGUAAACCUUUCAGCUCUGAAAGCACUUGCGGUGCAGGUGCACUCUAUUAGGUUUUUGUGCAGUCCCCAGGCAUUAUCCUUCAUAUACUGUAUGUAAUUUAGGCCAGUUAAAAUUUUGUAGAGCAAUGGGCUAUGAUAACUAAUAUUUAUUAUUGUUUAUGUACGAGUUCUGGGACUAAACAAGUUGUACAGACAACCAUCAAAUCAGGAAUUCAGGAAUUUAGAAGUCUAAAAUCUAGUCAGAUUUUAAAGUUUUUGUUUGCUUGGAUUUCAUAUGUUGUGCUUUGUAAUUUGUGUCACAUAUGGAGUGCAGUGGUCGUAUUUUAGAAUUCUUAAAUAGACUGUACCUAGUGAUAUGACUCUGAAGUGAUUUGUAAACUAGUGAAUUGAAAGGAAAAUGAAAUAUCGAAAGUAAACCAUGUUGUGCACUUGUAGGAGCUGUAGGACAGGAUCUUUGUGGAAUAUUCGAUAAUCAUUGUCACUAGCUUGGUUUAUUCAAUGUUUCAGAAAAAAAAAAAAAAAGCUAUAUAACCAGUUGAAGAACAGGUUAUUUUGUGUAGAAACAUUGGUAAACCUACCAUAUUUUUCCUGUAUUCUAGUCACAGUAAUUUUAUUGUUAAUUAAAGCUCUCCUGGAGAUUCUGGAGCAAGAUAAGCAUUGUAAAUUGAUUGUGAAAUAAUUGUUAUAGAAUAUUUAUGUGUCCAAAUAGUCUACGCCUAUGGCCGAUCUGUACAUACCUAGGAUGUGCUGUUACAGUAAUUGUGUACAUAGAUAAAAAUGUGAUGAUUUAAGUCUGUAAAAUUUCAGUUAUCAAAUACUGAUUUGUACAAAUAAAAGAGUUACUUGUUUUUAAAAGUUGUCUAUUUACACUUGAAUGGCCAUGUCAACAUUUUCCUCAGUUCACUUUUUGAACAAAAACAAAAAAGAGGUGGCUGAGUGCGCAAAGGUAGCGUUGACGCCCCUGAUCGAGUCGGUUUCAGAGUAGGAUGGGAAAGCAUUAAAAAGCUAGUCUUGGCAGAUUUACAAGUUCUAUUUCAUAAAUAACAUGAUGAAUCCAUUAAAAAAUGUAGUCCAAUUUUGCUUAAAAAAAUAGAGAUUGCUCCUCUUCCAAGGUUGAGACAAAUCCCAGUAACUAUCAUUUGCCAUUUUUAUAUAUACAUUCACCUUUUCAUCAUUUGUACCUUGUGAAGAAGUACUCUUCCAACUGUAAAUAGGCUACCUAGAGCUUCACCCAUAAAUUCUAUUAACAAUAGAGUAACGAUGUUGGAACACACAGUAUAAACAAGGUAAUUCUAAAACAACGGAUAUUGAUAAAAUUUGAUUAAAAAAUUUGUUCUAAGAAACUUGAUCAUAAGUACUGAAGGACAGAUUGGCAGCAGUUUGAUUUACAAGAUGAAUACUUUCAAAGCCCCCAUGCCCAUGAAAUGAGACUGAAAAUUACAGACAUG